AUAAUAUAAUCAACCCUUUUAGACUGGUUUGGCUGACAUUCAACAAAGCUGUAUGAAACUUGGUGGUUGGCUCGUCCGUCCAGCUUAGCCCAUCUCCUCCACUGUCUCUGCCCACAAUUCAAGACAUUUCAUACUUAAGAUUUUGAUUUGGGUUUGACUACUCCAGUAAAAUUCCCUCGCCUUUUUUCAGCUAUAAAUAGACACAAUAAUACCAUCAUAACAUCAAACCAUCCACAAAAUUUCUCAUUUCAUUGAGCCAAAAAAAAAAAAAAAAACAGAACAGAAUGGGUUCCAUUUCAAUGCCAGAGAAGCCUCAUGCUGUGUGCAUUCCAUAUCCAGCACAGGGCCACAUUAACCCUAUGCUAAAACUAGCUAAGCUUCUUCAUCACAGAGGCUUUCAUAUCACAUUUGUCAACACCGAGUUCAACCACAAACGCUUGCUCAAAUCCAGAGGCCCUGAUUCUCUGAAUGGGUUGCCUUCAUUCCAGUUCAAAACCAUCCCAGAUGGGCUUCCCCCUUCAGAUAUUGAUGCAACUCAAGAUAUCCCUUCUCUUUGCAAAUCCACUUCUUCAUACUGUAUUGGUCCGUUUAAGGAGCUUCUAGCUAGAAUCAAUGAUGAAGCCAAGUCUUCUUCGCAAAUCCCGCCGGUUUCUUGCAUAGUUUCUGAUGGUGUCAUGAGCUUUACUGUUGAAGCUGCUGAGGAAUUAGGCGUACCUGAAAUAUUGUUCUGGACUACAAGUGCUUGUGGUUUCUUGGGCUAUAUGCAUUAUCGUCAACUCAUCGAAAAGGGCCUCAUUCCACUCAAAGAUGAAAGUGAUUUGACGAAUGGAUAUCUGGAGCAGAAAUUGGACUGUAUUCCAGGAAUGAAAGACAUACGAUUAAGGGAUCUUCCAAGUUUCUUAAGAACAACAAAUCCAGAUGAAUACAUGAUAGAGUUCGUGCUCCAAGAAACAGGGAGGGCCAAGAAAGCUUCCGCAAUCGUUUUGAAUACAUACGAAAAACUCGAACCCGACACUUUAUCUGCUCUUUCAUCCAUUCUCCCGCCUGUCUACUCAAUCGGGCCAUUACAUUUUCUUCAAGAACGGGUCAACGACGAGAGCUUAGCUCUGUUAGGGUCAAACCUCUGGAAAGAAGAAACAGAGUGCCUUGAUUGGCUUGAUACAAAAGACCCAAACUCUGUUGUUUAUGUAAAUUUCGGAAGCAUCACGGUUAUGACGCCCGAUCAGCUCGUCGAAUUCGCAUGGGGACUUGGGAAUAGCGAGCAAACGUUUUUGUGGGUCAUUAGGCCUGAUCUUGUGUCCGGCGAUUCGGCAAUUCUUCCUCCUGAUUUCUUGGAAGAAACUAAGGAAAGAAGCUUGUUAUGUAAUUGGUGCCCACAGGAAAAAGUCCUUAAACACCCUGCUGUUGGAGGAUUCUUGACUCACAGUGGAUGGAAUUCGACACUGGAAAGUAUCAGCUUCGGGAAGCCAAUGGUUUGUUGGCCGUUUUUCGCUGAGCAACAGACGAAUUGCUGGUUUUCUUGUACCCAGUGGGGAAUUGGAAUGGAAAUUGAUCCUAAUGUGAAGAGGAAUGAAGUCGAGAGUCUUGUGAGGGAGCUCAUGGUUGGGGAGAAAGGGAAAGAGAUGAAGAAGAAUGCAUUGGAAUGGAAGAGGAAAGCUGAUGAAGCAGUUAAUGGUUCUUCUGAAUCUAAUUUGGAGAAGGUGAUUGAAGUUCUGCUUCAAUCCAAGUAACUUUUCUGAAAUCUUUUGAGGACAUGUAUUCUUUUCUUUUUUUUUUCUCCAAAAUUAUUUUCUAAAAAUAUCUCUUUUUUUUUUAUUUUUUUAAAAAUAAUGUGUGGUAAUAAUUUUGAUGGUUGGUGUAUAUCAGUGUUCUGCUUGUAAAAUGUAUUGAAAGAGUGUUAGCUACAUCUCUUUACUUAAUUUUAAUUUAAGAGUUAAAUGAAUAAAAGUCCAAUUUAGCUCAAUUCCUCAUUUUUAGAUGCGAUUCUUUUUUUUUUUAUUUUAUGUAUAUUUAUUUAGAUACGAAUCUUUUGACACCUUGAAGUUUGAGCGAGCAUGGUUCAUGUUUUUCAGAGCAAGAUCUAUAUAAAAGAAAG